AUGAGCGGAGGAGAAAGAUUAGGGGCAGGCGAGUUCUAUGGCAAAAGAGGUAUGGAGGAUUUCCAGGAGUUUAUCGGGAGAAUGGGGGUGGUAGAUAUUCCUUGUGUGGGAGGCAAGUUUACUUGGUUCAAAGCAAAUGGUAAAGCAAUGAGUAGAUUAGAUAGAUUUUUGGUUUCUAGAAAUUUGAUGGAUAUGUGGGGGGUGAUUGAUCAACGUAUAGGCAAAAGGGAUAUCUCGGAUCAUGUGCCCAUUCAAUUAUUUUCCGGUAAUCUAAACUGGGGGCCAAAGCCGUUUAAAUUCAAUAAUUCUUGGUUUAAACAUGAGAAGUUCAAAAGUUUCAUUCAAGCGGAAUGGCCGAAGUUGAAGGUUCAUGGUAGGGGAGAUUUCGUGUGGCUUGAAAAGCUUAAAAGAUUGAAACUCAUCUUAAGGAAGUGGAACCGGGAGAUUUUUGGUUGGAUUGAUUUAAAGGUGGAUGAAGAGGUGGAUGGCAUUAAUGAGAUGGACAAUUUAUUAGCAGAAAAUUUCGGGGGCAGCAUUGACGGGUUAGUAGAAGCGAGAAGGGAGGCUUUUGACGAAGUGAGGAAAACCUUAAUUUUGAAAGAGAGUAUGCUAAGGCUUAAAUCGAGACAAUUAUGGUUGAAGGAAGGGGAUAAGAAUUCUAGCUUUUUCCACAAUAGUCUCAAGAAGAGGUAUAAGAGGAAUGCUAUUUCUUUGUUGGAGGGAGCGAAUGGUAUGGUGGAAGGGGUGGUCGAAGUCAAAGAGGAGGUAAAAAGACAUUUUGAGAACUUUUUCAAAGAAGAAGAUUGUGCUAGGCCGGUCCCGGAGGGUUUGAACCUUAAAUCUUUAAGGAAUGAAGAUAGAGAGUGGUUGGAAAGGGAGCCUACGGAAGAAGAAAAAAAGAGGCGGUUUGGGAUUGCGAUGGCAACAAAAGCCCGGGUCUGGAUGGAUACACUCUCGAAUUUUUCCAAGUUUGUUGGGAUACUCUCAAGGAAGAUGUGGUUAGAUUCGUUCGCGAUUUUUGCUCUAAUUGUAGACUCACUAAGGGUUGCACAUCGUCGUUUUUAG